AUGGUGCCAAAUGAAGGUCUCCAGUAUGUGGCAAUUGUACGUUUGCUUCGACAUUUUGGAUGGAUGUGGGUUGGGCUCUUUGCUGUGGAUGACGACAGUGGAGAACACUUUUUGAAGGCUCUGGAGCCACUGCUUUCCCAAAAUAGAAUAUGUUCAGCCUUUGCAGAAAGAAUCCCAGAACAAGCCCAUUUGAAUGUUCAGGAUGUGAAUAAAAUUGACAAUAUAGUCUCAAAACUUUAUGUACCUUUCACAGAUAAUAAAACCAAAACCUUUAUCAUCUAUGGAGAACCUUUAGUCAUGAUAUGGCUGAAAACAUUCACUUUCCUAGGAUUUCCUGAAAAUAAGGACAAUACAUCAUUUACAAAGGUGUGGAUUAUGACCAGUGAGAUUGAUUUCAUAGAAACAGGCCUUCAAAGAGGCUGGGGUUUUCAGCUGUUUGAAGGUGCCAUUUCUUUCACAAUUCACUCAAAAGAUCUUCCAGGGUUCAAGGAAUUUCUUCAGGUCAUAAAACCUGGUUGGAUACAAGGAGAUGACUUUUUCAAGGACUUCUGGGAGCAAGCAUUUGACUGUUUUCUUUCAGAUCCCCAAGAGCUGGCCAAGACUGAUGAUGGAACAUGUACUAGGAAAGAGAGGCUUGAGAGCCUUCCUGCAUCGGCUUUUGAAAUGAGCAUGACUGGCCACAGCUACAGUAUAUACAACGCAGUCUAUGCUAUAGCUCAUGCUUUGCAUGCCAUGGACUCAUCUAGAGCUAAACUCAGAGCAAUGAUGGUGGUUAAAAGCCUUGAACUUCUUGAUCUCCUGCCUUGGCAGCUCCACCUGUUUCUUCAGGUCAUUUCAUUUAACAACUCUGCUGGAGAAACAGUAUCUUUUAAUGAUAAAAGGGAAAUGGGAGGUGGAUUUGACAUCACGAACGUGGUCACAUUUCCAAAUAAAUCCUUCCAGAGAGUAAAAAUUGGAAGAGUGGAGGAUCCCAACACCCUUGAAGGAAAAGGAUUCUUCAUCAACGAAGACAUGAUUGUGUGGCACACAGGAUUCAACCAGGUGCUUCCCGUUUCUGUGUGUAAUGAACAGUGCUACCCUGGUCAUCAGAAGAAAAGGAAGGAAGGAGAAAAAUUUUGCUGCUAUGAUUGUGUUCCUUGCCCAGAAGGGAAAAUUUCAAACCAGAUGGAUAUUGAUGACUGUUUCAGAUGCCCAGAAGAUCAUUUUCCAAACAAGAACAAAAAUGGAUGUAUCCCCAAAACUGCAAAUUUUCUGUCUUGUGAAGAACCUUUGGGAAUCACUUUAGCCUCAGUUGCUUUUGCUUUUUCCCUGAUCACAGCCUUGGUCCUGGGGAUUUUUAUUAAGCACAAAGAGACCCCCAUUGUCAAAGCCAACAACCGGGACCUCACCUACACUCUUCUUGUUUCCCUCCUGCUCUGCUUCCUCUCAUCUUUCCUAUUUAUUGGACAACCUGGGAAACUGACCUGCCUUCUCCGACAACCAAUUUUUGGCAUCAUCUUCUCAAUGGCUGUUUCUUGUGUGCUGGCAAAGACUAUCACUGUGGUUGUAGCUUUCAUGGUCACCAAACCAGAGUCCAGCAUGAGGAAGUGGGUGGGGAAAAGACUGAGCAAUUCCGUUGUCAUUUCCUGCUCCAUGAUUCAAGUAGGCAUGUGUGCAGUUUGGCUAGCAACCUCUCCCCCAUUCCCUGAGUUAGAUAUGUACUUGGUAACAGAGGAAAUCAUUGUGCAAUGUAAUGAAGGGUCAGUCGCCAUGUUCUACUGUGUCCUGGGCUACAUGGGCCUCUUGGGCAUAAUGAGCUUCAUUGUAGCAUUCCUAGCCCGCAAAUUACCAGAUAGCUUUAAUGAAGCCAAGUUCAUUACCUUCAGCAUGUUGCUCUUUUGCAGUGUGUGGGUCUCCUUUGUUCCAACCUAUCUGAGCUCAAGAGGGAAAUACAUGGUGGCUGUGGAGGUCUUCUCCAUCUUAGCCUCCAGUGCUGGGUUACUGGGUUGCAUCUUUGCCCCUAAAUGCUACAUCAUUUUGCUGAGGCCUGAGUUGAACAACAGGAAGCAACUAAUAUGGAAAAAGAAAUAA